GAUAAUACUAUGUACGGUACACUCAACUUCACUCAAGUCAACAUUAGAGCAGUAAAGCAGUAUGUCAAUAUCAAUGUCUUGCUUAUCAACAUAUUUUUAUUUCUUUAAACAAACUUUACGAAUGUGCCAUAAUUCUAAUCAGUACUAAUUAUGUAACUAAUUUAAAUGACAUCAUAUGCAGCACAAACUGUAUCAAAUAAUCUAAGACACAAACGAGGCGACUCUCACUUACUUUAAUCUUCGUCUUUAAAAAAGAGAUUUUUUUAUAUUAAUUUAGAGUAUGUAAAUUUAUAUCGUUUGCUAAUGGGAAUUAAACUCCAAAGGAAGAAAUCAAACUACAAUUACAUAACAAGGAUAUUCAAAUUAUAUUUCCCAGAAUCGUUUUACAAUGCUCAAUUGGAUCAAAGUGACACUUAUCCUGUGUUUGUUCGGUCUGCUUCGCGAGAUACGACCCUCCGAACCGUUCGUUUCGGAUUUUCUUGUAGAAUGGAGAAACAUCACCAACGAACAAUUACAAAGAGAAAUUUAUCCCGUAGGAACAUAUUCCUAUUUAGCUCAACUCGUGCUGGUCUUCCUUAUAACUGAUUUCUUGAGAUUUAAACCUGUUAUUAUUUUAUCUGGUCUCAGUGGAAUAACAGUGUAUUGUAUAUUACUAUGGACAUCCAGUAUAAAGUGGCUUCAAGCCUCGCAAUUCUUCUAUGGAAUGUACAUGGCCACUGAAGUUGCUUAUUACACUUACAUUUAUGCUAAGGUGGAUCCGAAGAAGUACCCUUUAGUUACGUCGUGUACUAGGAUCGCAUCAUUGACAGGAAGGUUCCUAUCUGGUGUCAGUUCACAACUACUCAUACAUUUCAAAUUCAUGGACUACAGGGAACUAAAUUACAUAACUUUGACAGCGCAGAUACUAGCAACAUUUUGGGCACUAUGGCUGCCUCCGGUUAAAUAUGGAAUAUACUUUCACAGAAGGAUAUCGACAAUUAAUAUCCCUGUUGACAAAUCAUCAUAUAAAAACUCAGAAAAGCGUACAUUCACAAGUAAUUUAAUAGAGGCUUCGAGCUUAAUAUUGAAACACUCGAGGGCGGCUUACUCCCGUCCAAAAGUGAUAGCGUGGAGCGCUCUGUAUGCGGUCGCUUUAGCCCUCUUCGUGCAAGCUCAGACUUAUAUACAAAUACUGUGGCGGUACAUACAAAAAGAACAAUCGAAUCCGGUAUUAUACAAUGGAGCUGCGGAAGCCGCUACCACUCUGUUAGGGGCCGGGGCUGCGUACAUAGCAUCGUAUGACCGGCAGUCCUUCAGUCCCGCACUUUCUUCAGCCAUACAAGGAAUCGCUCUGUUUCUAACUACCUACAUAUCGAACGUAUUCGUUUCCUACGCUGGAUACGUUGUCAUGGGAGUCAUGUUUCAUUACAUCAUCACUUUGGCCAGCGCAAAAAUAGCUAGUCAAUUAAUCGACGACAGUUGUUUCGGGCUGAUAUUCGGUAUCAACACACUCCUCGGCGUCGCUUUGCAGUCUCUCCUCACGUACAUACUGUUACAAAACUUGGAGUUUCACAUAACAACGCACUAUUACAUCGUAAGCGGUCUUUUUAUAACUCUGGCCACUUGUUGGUUAGUCGGAUGGAUACUCCAUAUUGCUCAUAAUAAAAAACAAAACGUGAACAGUAAUUAAUCUACGUGAACAGUGAGCGCUUCUAACACAUCAAUAAAUUAAUUUGAAUUCGUAUAAACUUUACAGUUAGAAUCCAUAUGCCGAUGUUUUUUUUUUCGAAUUUUUUUUUUUUUUUUAUGGCUUAGAUGGGUGGACGAGCUCACAGCCCACCUGGUGUUAAGUGGUUACUGGAGCCCAUAGACAUCCACAACGUAAAUGCGCCACACACCUUGAGAUACAAGUUCUAAUAUCUCAAGUAUAGUUACACGGCUGCCCCACCCUUCAAACCGAAACGCAUUUCUGCUUCACGGCAGAAAUAGGCAGGGUGGUGGUACCCACCCGCGCGGACUCACAAGAGGUCCUACCACCAGUAAUUACGCAAAUUAUAAUUUUGCGGGUUUGAUUUUUAUUACACGAUGUUAUUCCUUCACCGUGGAAGUCAAUCGUGAACAUUUGUUGAGUACGUAUUUCAUUAGAAAAAUUGGUACCCGCCUGCGGGAUUCGAACACCGGUGCAUCGUUUCAACACGAAUGCACCGGACGUCUUAUCCGUUAGGCCACGACUACUCAGUUCGGGGAACUGACUUUAAUAAGUCAAAUAUAGUAUUUUUGGUGGUAUUUUUAAAGAAAAUUGUCCCCUAGAAGUUCUAGAACCCAUCGGGAAGAAAUUUAUGAAAAGGUAUUAACACUGUAUCCCUAAAAGGGACGUCACAAGAGAAUCAAAUAUCCCCCUAUUUAUUUCAAGGACCUUUAGGUCCAGUUUUAUUUUUAUUUUAAUGAAAACUUUUAUAUUAAAUGAAGUUGAUUAAUAUGAAACAGGGCAUGAAAUGAAAUAAAAUGAAAACGAAAUGUGAUGAGAUGCGUACUGCGACCACCAAACAGCAUUUAUAGUUAUAAGAUGUAUUCAUCAUUCAUGAUGUCAGUCAUCACAGUUCCAGUUUAAAGGGUAGAACAGCCAUUAUUUAUACAAUACAAUAGAGACUUCGAGGUCGUCUCAAAAUGGAUAGUGACAUUCCAUGAACAUAUAUCUCCAUAAACAGCAACCUAUCUUAGGCUAUCUUAUACCUUUAAACGAGCAAAUCUUGUAUAUAUAUAAUCUGAAUCUCGGAAACGGCUCCAACGAUUUUUAUAAAAUUUAGUAUACAGGGGAUUUCGGGGGCGAUAAAUCGAUCUAGCUACGAAUUAUUUUCAGAAAAUGUUGUUUUUUUCGUGUUUUCAAUAAUCAGCUUUAUCGAUAAUCAACUUUAUGACUCUUUCCGACAUCUAUUGGUGAAUAAUAAUACUAUUAAGCUAUUUCAGCAGAUGGCGUUGUUAAGCCACCCGAAGCCAAUGAGUGUUUGGUUUAAGGUUAGACCAAGAAAAUGAAUUGUUUAUUUAAUUUUAUAUUUGUGUCUUUUUCAUACAAAAUAUAAAAAAAAAUACCGAGCAAAGCUCGGUCAUCGUCUAGUGAACUAAUGAAACGCGCAUAAUGGCUGCUAACAUUUUUCAUUUAAAUUGCAUUUCAUUAAUAAUUUAAUUCAUAGAUAAGCAUAGAUUAUACACUUAAUAUAUUCGAUAGAUAAGUAAGUACUGUGAGAUAGGUAUCUACAUAUCGCAUAUUAACCGUAACUUCCGCAGUUUCGUAAAGUUUUUUAAGGUCUUUAAGAUUUUUUGAUGAACAUUACAUUGAUAAGACACAAAGACACAGGCGCAGCUAAUAAAAGCAGCUUAAGUUUGAUCUCAAUUCAAGUGCAAUAUAGUAAAGUAUUUUUAGUUAUUAUAUUUAACUUAAAAAAUUACCACAAUUUACUGGGAAAGUAAAUUGGUGGAAGAUAUUUAUUUUAGUUUACUAUCUGAAAAUAUAGGUACUUGGGGAUGUACCUGAACAGGAGACUGACUUGGAGAAAAUCUAAAAUAGAUUCACCAAGUGUCUUAUGGGUCCGAGUAUACGUAAAUUGGCUUCUCAAUAGAAAAUCUCAACUGUCAGUUGAUAAUAAGCUGUUACUAUAUAAAUUUAUUAUUAAACCCACUUAGGCUUAUGGCAUCCAAUUGUGGAAGUAGGUACUGCUUCACAUUCUAAUAUUGUAAUACCUCAGACAUUUUAUUGACCAUAAAACAUUAAUUAUGUAGUAUAUAUAAUCUAGUAUAAAUGAUCCUGCUGAAUUUCCCGAAAAAUAUCCUUUCUGUGUGAAUUAGCACUAACGUAGUGGCACCUCAAAAUAUAUAUCAAACUACCUUUAAGUGUGUUGUCUACAAUAAUAUGAGCUAAGAACAUUUCAAUAAAUACUCAUAGGUUCAUAUUGCUAUAACAACAAUGACUUCUUGUAUUUACAAAUGAAUCUAUGUUUUUAUUUACAAACUUAUCAAACUUAUUUUACUAGUAUAUUUUUCUAAGUUUAGCUGCUAUUUAUUAUAAUUAUUAAAACGUUUAGGAAUUCGUUACAAUUGUAUUACUUGAGCUGUGGUAGAAAUAUCUAAUCUUAAAAGUUAUUUUUAUGUAUUGUUGCACUUAAUGUAUAGGUACUUUAGAUAUCAAUUUCUAAAGUAAGGCAAAAUAAAAUUAGUGUUGAUUUAUAUUUAUUGUUAUCCUAUUUGUCCAUACGUCAAAAUUAAUCCUGGAUAGAAAUAUUUUAAUGUAAACAUAUUUUAUUAAUUUCGCAAAAAUUAUUUGCAAGUUUGAUGAAGUGUUUUUAUUUAUUUAAAUCAAAUGUGUACUAACAAUAACAACCUUAAUAACGAUGUGAUAUAAAGUAGAAUAUAUUACACUUAAAUUGCGAAUAAAAAAAAACAUAUUUUU